AUGUCUGUACCUCUUGGAACAAUCAUCUACUCCGCAGUAAAGCCAAUAUUUAAGAUUUACUUGAUUAUUGGACUAGGCUAUUUGCUUGCAAAGAAAAAUAUUUUAAGUGUUGUGACAUGUAGAGACAUUUCAAAUUUGGUGGUGUCUGCUAUCAUGCCCUGUUUGAUCUUUUACAAUAUUGUGACAUACUUGAAAAGUUCAGACAUUAAGAAUAUAGGGGUGAUCUUCUUCACGGGAACAUUAUUGUUUUCCACUGGAUGUGCAUUAGCGUUUGCAAUUAGCAUAGUCACCAGGAGUCCCAAGAAGUGGUUGGGUGGUAUUUUGUCAGUAGGUUUAUUCCCCAAUAUUUCUGAUUUACCAAUUGCAUAUCUACAAACUUUGAGUCAGAGUGGUAACAUUUUCACUGAAACAGAGGGUAACAGAGGUGUGGCCUAUGUGUGUAUAUUCUUAGCUAGUCAAGUCUUCUACCAAUUUAGCUUGGGAUUGUACAGGUUGAUUGAAUGGGAUUUCAGAGAUGAGUUGGAAGGAGAUGCAGAAGACUUGGAGAAGAAUGAAGAUGCCGUAGAACUUUCUGAUGUACCCGAGAGCCCCCAAUCAUCAAGAGUAAUGAAAUCAGCCAGUGAGGCGCCAAAAAAUGAAUCCAGUAGCAAGGAUUCGAAUAAUGAAGAUGAAAAUGAUGACACUACUUCAAUUGAGUCCGAGAAGAGUGACAUUAACCAGACAAAUUCCUUAUCUCAAAUGCCUCAACAGUUGGUUUCCGAUGCAGAUCAAGAUAGAUCGGAACAAUCUCAACAUUCUGCAUUUUAUUCAAGAAAACAUGCACUCGCCAAGACAUUAUCGGGCAGAAGGUCCUCUAUAACAUCUACCUCUAGUGGUGCAUUGUCAGUUCCUGUAGUUUCAUCCGAUUAUUUAUCACUCAGGCUUUCACACACGAGAGAUAGCCACGAUUCCAAACUGGCACCUCAAGAUAUUCAGGAUGUUAUUAACGAAUAUUCCCAAUUUGAAGAUUUAAAGUUGAUGAAAUCCCUUACCAGUACUAGCAAGAUUGCACCACCAAAUGAGGCGGCAGCGCCAUCCAUUCAUGGAGCCAACGAGUCUUUCCUUGCAAGAAAUGCAUCCAGAGAUAGUAAUAAUUCUCUACCAGGUUCCACUGGAAAAGUUUCAAAACUUCAGCGAUUCAAAACUGAAGGAUUGCAAGUUUUGAGGAAUUUCAUGGCGCCAAAUUCCUUAUCACUUAUCAUUUCCAUUGCCCUUGCAAUGUCACCACCAUUAAAAGCACUUUUUGUAGCUAGUACCAGUUUCCAUAUACCAACAGCACCCGACGAUAAGCCCCCGCUCUCAUUCAUUAUGGAUUUCACAUCAUAUGUCGGGGCAGCUUCCGUUCCUUUAGGUCUUUUGCUUCUUGGAGCAACGAUCAGUCGUUUACAAAUCAAAACUAUGCCUCCUGGAUUCUGGAAGACUGCUUUGGCAAUCACAUUGACUAGAUUGGUAUUUAUUCCAAUAAUUGGGGUCGGCUUGACUACCGGGUUCCACAAAGGAGGAUGGUACGGUGAUGAUAAAUUGGUUAGGUUUGUGAGUGUGUUAGAAUUUGGAUUACCAAGCGCAACUGCAUUGGUAUACUUCACUGCAUUUUAUACAAAUCCUAAUUCCAAAGAGCAUUUACAGAUGGAUUGUUUAGCUGUAUGCUUGAUUUUCCAGUACUCAUUACUUUUCAUCACUUUACCAUUUUUGGUCACCUUCACAUUGAAAGUUUCACUUGGCAUGUAA